AUGUCUAAGCUCGCAUUGGACAUCUAUGCGGAAGUCGGCGUCCCUAACUCCAAUGAGGCGGCGAUGGCGAGCGGCGGCGGGGCGGUGAGGGAGCUGGGGUCGAGGGCGGAGCUAGAUGCGGCGGUAGGCGGCGCGCUGGCCCCCGCGGUGCACUUCUGGGCGGCCUGGUGCAAGGCCUCCAAGCAGAUGGACGAGGUCUUCGCCCACCUCGCCGUCGACUUAGCCCAUGCGCUCUUCCUCGGGCUUCUACGCCAUGGGGAUCCGCGAGGACCUGCUCCGCGGCAUCUACGGCUACAGCUUCGAGAAGCCCUCCGCCAUCCAGCAGCGGGCCAGCAUCCCCAUCAUCUUCGGCCGCAACGCCCUCACAACAAGGAGCACCCGAAAAGGAUCGCCGAGGAGAUGCAGAAGCAGGUUGCUGCUGCAGGCGCCAUCUAG